GGAGAAAUUGCUUCGAUACAACUGACCUCUGAUCGGUUAGGGCAUGAAUCAUGGAUUGGGCUCCGAUAAGAAAAGGAACACUGGUAGAAUUCGCGAAGAACGAGAAUGAUGUGGUUAUACAGAAGUGCUGGCACGCCAGAAUGUACCACUCGUCAAGGAUGAGAAGUAGUCACCACUUUGAGAAAUACGAGGGCGUCUCCAGGUGCAAGCUCCUCCACAACGGUGAGGAGGUCCACAGGCAUGGAUUCCCAAAGAUUCCUGUAAGAGAAGUACACCCCGGGGGAUAUCGGAUGACGAAAAACCCGAAAAAUCGACGAAAUGAGCGCCAAGUCAAGUUUCCACCUGUGCCUGGAGCAAACAAGGACCUGAGGCCAACCCUGUCCACGGUGCAACCAACCCAGCAAAUAGCAGGACAGUCGAACAAAAAAGGCCGACCAAUGAAGUCAUCUCUCUCGAUGUCCUACAACGAAUUCCAGAGACUAAUGCAGCUGCAGAAACCAAAGCGACAAUACGAGAAGAUAUCAUACACCAAAGCUGUCCACUUCAACAACGGUAUCAUGGGGUAUGCUCCGGCUUCUUAUCCCGAGGAGUAUUACACGCCAAGGACAAAACUCAAACCAAGCGAUUACGAUAUUUACAACAAUCCGCACAUCCAAGAACAGUUGCGGAUACAGCAUGAGAAAACGGGUGGAAAAGAUGGUGAUAUAUUACCUUGGCUUAAUCCGAAACACCAGGAAGUUGUGGCUGAGGCCAAGGGAGACCCGCCUGUUGCAGACACAUUGGGACAGGACUCAAGGAAGGGCGAUUUUGAUCAGAUCAAUACGUUACCCGACGACGAUCUGCUACAGGAUGGUUUGGAAACAAAAGCAGACGACCAGGUGACACAAAAUGAAACUGAGGUUCCCGAAGGAGCAGUUGCAAGGCUGGAGGAAGUGGAUGAUGGUGGGUAUCAGAGUGCAUCAGGGGCUGAUGACCCGUUGGAAGUUGACAGAAACUCAGAGGCGACAUCAAGAGAAAAUAAUGCUCAGGAAAUGGACAAUAAUCUUGGUGUCAGCGAAGGUGAAGGAACUACUAAAAUAGACAGUCAGAAUGUAUCAAAUGAAGAAACGGAUGGUGAUCUGCCGAAUGAGGUGGUGGAGGUAUCCAAACAACAAGGAAUUGUCAGGGAUAUCAAGACGGGUGAAUCAUUGGAUACUAAGACGCCUCAGGACAUGACGCAGAGUGAAACAAAUCAGAAUCUCGCUCACGAACCUCCAGCACGAUCGGAGGCAGCGAAUUCCGAAGGCGCCAAGGAUAACGACUUGGAAGACGCAAUCGACGAUGCAGUCGAAGCGGCUUUAACAACGGCGACACAGGAGUUGGAUAAGGAUGCUGGGAAUGGUAACGAGACGCUGGAAGUUGACCACGGGGAAGGGAAUGGUAAUGAGACACAGGAAGUUGACCAUCGGAAAGGGAAUGGUAAUGAGGCAGUGGGUGUUGACCAUGGGGAAGGGAACGGUAAUGAGGUACAGGAAGUUUACCAUGGGGAAGGGAAUGUUAAUGAGGCAGUGGGUGUUGACCAUGGGGAAGAGAAUGGUAAUGAGACACUGGAAGUUGAUCAUGAGGAGAACAAUGGUACUGAUACCCAGGGUGGUGACAAUGGGGAAGACCCUGGUCAAGAUUAAAGCGAAACAAAGAAAGAGUGAAGAGGGAUUGAAGGUAGAGGGAUUGAUGGUGGUUGAAGUGAUGGAAUGACCGGCACUGAUAGACUCUUAAGACACCAGAGGGUACAAUGGGAGAUCUCUAAUAAGGAUAGACAUGAGCGAUGCAACAGGUGUGGUGCAAAGAAUGGACUACUGCUAACAUGUGCGAAAGGUAUUUCAGGGUCUUUGCUUAGAAGGGGGCGUUUUGGUACACUGUUUACAUGUUUCACCAACACCAACUGUGAUAUUAUAUAUUUCUGCACAGAACAUGUUUCGAUUCUAACAGUAUCCUAAAUGUUAUAAAAAUAAUGUACAAAAAACUUUUUUAUUUAUCAAUCUUGUCAGUUCAUUCAGCCUAUGUACGGUAAAACACAUGUGUAUCGUUUAUUGCGUCUUUGGCGUAAUUCUCAGAAAGAAAAUCAGUACAAAUAGGUACGUAGCUGGAAAUACACUUUUGCACGCCACGAUGGUUCAAAAUUAGUAUUAACACGAUUUUUUGUUUUAAAAUUAGCACACAAUAUCAAUAAAAUGCUCACGCUCGCCAUCUACUAGUACAUGUAUAAAGGCAUUGCACAACGCUUUAUUAAAAAAAUCCGAGAUCAAGAAAAACAAAGUUCUCAUGUCACUCACCCCUGCUGCUGCAAGUAACUUUGUCCGAGAAGCAACCCUUCAAACCGUAUAAAUUAACGUUUUGAUUCAGUUGGUUCAUCGAGAGAUUG